AUGGCACCACCCAUCCACGUCAAGCAGAAAGAGCACCGCGAUGAAUCGUCGCGAUUGCAGAUCAUCAUUGUCGGAGCUGGUCUUGCCGGCCUCGGCGCCGCAAUAAGCUGCUCCCUCGCCGGCCACGACGCCCACAUCCUCGAAGCUGCCCCCGAAAUCAAAGAAAUCGGUGCUGGAAUCCAAGUCCUUCCCAACUCCUCUCGUGUCCUUCAACACUGGGGCCUCGGCGAGACCCUAAAACCGUACAUGACCUACCCACGAGUAUGCAAUUUCGUCGGAUGGAAAGGAAACCACAUCUCCGCACUAGAUUUCCACGCCUCGGAAAGCCAAUACCCAGGAACAUGGUAUCGCGAUUUCCAUCGUGCGGAUCUCCACCGGUGUCUAGUUGAGCGGGCGCUCGAAGUCGGCGCCAAGAUGACGUGUAAUGCGCGCAUCGACGACGUGAAAGUGUCGCCCGGGGGAGAAACAGCCACUGCUAUCGCCGCGGACGGGCGGGAAUGGACAGCUGAUUUAGUGAUCGGUGCAGAUGGAGUGUUUGGCAAGUUGACAGAGGCUUUGUUGGGACGAGAAGAUCCGCCGGUGAAGACGGGGGAUCUGGCAUACAGGUUAUUGUUGUCGACGGAGCAAAUGCUAAAGGAUCCAGAGCUGGAAGGCUUUGUGACGGACCCGCAGGUCAAUUAUUGGCUUGGACCGGAUGCUCAUGCUGUUAAUUAUGUCCUUCGCGGAGGCGACCUGUUCAACAUGGUCCUUCUCGUACCAGACGAUAUUCCUGAAGAAUCGCUCGCCUCGACAGUUGCAGGGAACGUGGAGGAGAUGUGUGCGUUAUUCGAAGGGUGGGAUCCACGAGCCGGAAUGGCCUUCGAAGACGGCGCCGUCCUCGGCGAAUGCCUCUCCCGACUCCCCAACGCCCCUGGCACAUCAAAAACCUCACCUGAAUUUGUAUCUGCAAAACGCCACGCCCUAGCCGUAUUCGAGAAAUGCCGCAAGGAACGCACAAAGAUGGUCGUCGAGAGAGGAAACAAGCAACAGUAUCUCUACCAUCUCCAUGACGGGCCGGAGCAGGAAGAACGGGACCGUAAGAUGCAGAUGGUUCCGACGCCGGAAGGCGAGGCAUUGGCGUGGCGGGAUCCGGGUCUGGCGCCGAAGUUGUUGGGGUAUGAUCAUAUUACUGAUGUCAAUGAGAGAUGGGGUGAGGGAGAGGUAACGGAAACGGUAGACAGAUCUGCACGAUUAAGUCGUAGCGACCUUUUCUUCUGCGCGAUGGCGCAAACACUGACUCCCAAUGACUCUUAUGUGGCCUGGCUCAGCCAUGUGGACUAUGGCCCACAUCAACGACACCUUCAACUCGUCACCGCAGAGGGACCAAGAAGCGCUGCUUUAGACUCCCCUCAGUUCCAGGAAUGGAUUUCUCGCCCAAAACAAACGCUGCAUUUAUCGGGAGCUUCAGGCGUCGGGAAAAGCGUAACAGCGUCAUCGAUAGUCCACGAUCUUCAGUCACGGUUUUCCGGUGAUCAGCAAGCGGGAGUUGCAUUCUUAUAUUGCGACUACAAUCGGCAAGGCGAGGAGAAGCCGAUGAAAUUCCUUUUGAGCAUACUGAAGCAGUUGGUACUUGGCCAAUGUCACAUCCCACACAAUGUCAAAGAACUCUACGACUCACACAAAUCGAGUGGAGUCUUGCCUGGAUACAGCGAAGUCUUCCGAGCCUUAUCUGCCGUUGCGUGUGAACAUUCCAGGAUUUUCAUUGUCGUGGACGGAGUAGAUGAGACGGAUAUGAUGAAAAGUGACCAAGAAAGGCUGUUACGAUCCCUAUUCACUCUUCAGGCAUCUUCGAAUGCCAACAUUCUUAUCACUGGAGAUAUCGAUAGCAACGUGAUAGAAACCCCGACAAGCGUGUUGUCGAUUAAUAUACGGGCUAGAGAUGACGAUAUCUAUUAUUAUUUUGACGCGCACAGGCUAUGGCUGCCGGGGUUUAUUCUUCAUGAUACAUUCUUACAGCAACAGAUCAAGUCCAUGAUGAAGGAAGUUGCGAAUGGAAAUUUCCUAAUGGCAUGCCUUUAUAUGCGCCUCCUCUCCAAAUGCACGUGUGCAGAAGAUGUUCAGGACCACUUGGACAUGGAUGUCUGGCGACCGAAAGUAUACUGUGACGCUUACGCGGAUCUGUUAAAGUGGAUAGAGCGGCAGGCGUCCGAAGAGAAAGCGGUCGCAGACACCCUUCUUUUAUGGCUAAGCUUUACUAACACGGCCUUGUCUGUGUCAGACCUUCGGGAUAUCUUACGUCUACAAUGUCCCGAAAUCGUCACAAUAACGGACGAGGUUGGCGCAGAACGUGUGGUGUCAGUAUGUGCUGGCCUGGUUACAGUCAACGCGGAGACAGACAUGAUCGACUUCAUUCACCCAACAGCGAGAGUGUAUAUUGUCCAGAGAAGAGUUUAUUUAUUCCCAGACGGCGAAAGCAAGAUAGCGAGCAUCUGUUUGAAGAGUCUGAUGAACACUGAGGCGUUGGGAAGGGUCUACGACCCGCGCAUGAACACCAGCCACAAACCCGAAAUCAUCCAUCACUACAGCACACGCAACUGGGGAUACCAUGGAAAACGAUCAACAAUUGACCUAACCGAUGAUGUAAUCACCAUGCUCGAUAACGAGAACGCACUCAUCAAAUGCGGUCAAGCAAUGAUUUUGCCCGAAGAAUACCCAGAAUAUUUACAGCUGUCCUCAUUUGGACUCACCUCGCUGCAUGUUGCGGCCUUUUACGGCUUGGAACGGACGGUCGAGGUAUUGCUUCAAAGGGAGGAAGCGAUGGGAAAGUCCAUCUAUCGGAAAGUCACGGAUAUUAUCUCCUGGACAGACUCCUUUCUCGAUGCGCAGGACGCUUUUGGGAGGACACCGCUGUCAUUUGCAGCCGAAAACGAACAUCUGAGAGUCAUCUGCACACUGAUAGGAGAGGGUGCAUCUGUUAAUAGUCAGGAUCGAAAUGGUCGAACACCGCUCAUUUUUGCUGCUCGACGGGGGCAUGUUGAAGCAGCUGCUGAGCUAGUGAAAGCAGGGGCGCUGGUUAAUACACAAGAUCGAGCGGGUCGAAGUCCAGUUUCAUGGGCCGCCGCGAAUGGGCAUGAAAGCAUGGUCCACUUUCUCUUGGAAAAUGGUGCCCUUUUGAAAAUCGCAUCGUGGACGCAUAACUCCUUCUUAUCUACUUUCAUACAGUCCUUUCGAAGCAGUCCCCGGCAAGAUGUCGUCAGGGACGAGCCAAUGAGCGGCACACCACUUGUUCGAGCGUCAGGCAAUGGCCAAGACCGGGUUAUCCAGGUCUUAAUCGACGUCGGCGCCAAUCCCGACGAGACAGAUCGUGAUGGUCGGGCAGGGCUAUCAUGGGCUGCUUCGAAUGGGCAUAAAACCAUGGCGCUGUUAUUGCUGUAUAACCGAGCCGAUUCAGAUACCGUCGACGCUAACAACCGGUCCGCGUUGUCCUGGGCCGCAGGAAACGGCCAGAUUGAUAUUGUUCAACUAUUGGUACAAGCGGGAUCGUAUCUGGAGUGUAAGGAUAACAGAGGCCGGACCGCAGCGUUAUGGGCUGCUGCAAAUGGUCAAAAAGGAAUCCUACAGUUUCUGCGUGGCAAUCAUGCUGAUCUGACAUCCCGAGACAAAAACGGAAUGACGUCAUUUUUACUAGCCGCAGUCAACGGAUACCAAGCGACCGCGCAAUGGCUACUCACCGUACCGGGCCUCUCACUGGAAGAUCGCGAUAGUAAUGGCCGAACAGCACUGUCAUGGGCAGUUGGUAACGCCUCUCAGCGCAUGGUUGAGUUUCUCCUCGAGAAAGGGGUCUCAUUCCCCACAAGGGACAACCAAGGACUGACGGUGCUCUCAUGGGCAGCCAGACAGGGUCAUCGUGAAAUGAUACAACUUCUUUUCGACAAAGGGGGAGAAUCCUUACUUCACGAGGUUGAUAAUAAGAGGAAAACAGCGCUUCACUGGGCCGCCAAGAAUGGACACGCACAUGCCCUACAGCUCUUGAUCUCAAGAGAUAGAUUUGGCCUUCUUCCACAACAUGACGACAGCGGCAUGACUGCGCUUUCAUGGGCCUGCAAAAAUGGCCAUGGAGCAGCAGCAGAAGUAAUUCUAGCUCUCAGCAACUAUCCGAUUCUAGAGCGAAGGAACAAUAGAGGUCAGACACCAUUGAUGCUGGCAGUAUACCACCGGCAUGAAAGACUUGUGCAGCUUCUGCUAGAAUGCGGAGCCGCUGUUGACGCUCGUGACACUUCCGGAGACACGCCCCUGGCAGUUGCAAUUGAUCACUACUCAACCUCGAUAGUGGAACUUUUACUAUCCAAUGGCGCGGACUCAAACGCUCGGUUAAAUCAGGGUCGAACGCCGUUAAUGCUGGCAGCUGAGAAGGACUGUUAUUCCGAAGCCCGUGCCUUGUUUCGAUAUGGGGCAAAGGUCAACGCCAGAGACAAUAGAGGCCAAACAGCCCUUCUCAUUGCAGUGAAGAAAAACAACAGUGGAGUGGUAAAAGUACUACUUGAUCAAGGUGCUGCAGUUAACAUAGGAGAUACUCAAGGAUCUACGCCAAUGUCCCUAGCUGAGAAACUCGGGGAGAGUGGUACCAAAGUGAGAGAGUUGCUCAUGCCAAAUGACUGUGAGGAUCCUUAUCAAUCGUCUAGUGAGUUUAGUAUAAUGUCUGGUGUAUGA